UGCCGAGGAGAGGGCCAACAACAGGGCUCACCUGAGGGGCUACUUCCCAGGUCUCCCCAUCACCAGUCUUUAGUUUUGAUGAAUAAUUUAAACCUGAGCAGCCCACCCUAUUGAAGGUCUAUUCUUUCCUCCAUCCUUAGUCCCUCAUCCCAGCACCCAGGAACUCUCAGGGCAGCACAGGAUGGCAAAGCCACUGCCCCAGGGUCGUGGCACCAGCAGGUUCCCCAAAAAUCCCAGUUUAGGGGAGAAGGGAAGAGCUUUGCACUUGUGCUGCUGUCAUUGAUCCUCGUGGAUACCCAGCUCAAAAUACCACAUUUAGCUCCGAUUGCUUUUAAGCCUCUUUGACCUGUGUCCAAAGCGGGUCUGGGAUCCGGGUGUCCCCAGUGGGGCUCUGCUUCCCGCAGGGGAGUGAUCCCCAUGAUCCCCAUCCUCCCCAUCCCUGGGUCUUGCAGGGACUUCUACGCUCCCAGACUAUUUUGGGAGGGUUUAAAAAUAUCCUGCCUGCAUUAAUGGGCAAUAUUCCCAAUGGCGCAGCAGCCCCGCGUGGACACGGAGCAGCCCUGGCCCUCCAGCCUCGGAUAUGGCCCCCCCAGAAGCCUCUCGGGGCCGGCCCAGGGGCUGUAUCCUGCAGUCCCGGGCACUGAGCCCCAUCCCAAAUGGCUCUGAUCGCCAUGACAACGCUGACUUCAGCCUCUGCCACCUACUCAGGCUCAGAGACACUGGGUGCUGGCUGAUGGAUUGGUGCGGGCACUGGACCGAGGAUGUCCUCGAUGUUCGGCAAACCCCGAGCCAGCGGCGAGCGGCCGCCCCAGAGCCCCCUCCCCGAGUGCAACGUGGCCAUCCUGGGGUGCAGAGGGGCCGGCAAGUCAGCCCUGACCGUGAAGUUUCUAACCAAGAGGUUCAUCAGCGAAUAUGAUCCCAACUUGGAGGACACCUACACCUCGGAGGAGCUGGUGGACCAGCAACCUGUGCUGCUGAAGGUGAUGGACACCGCUGACCAGGAUGGUCCUGGGAACUGUGAGCGCUACCUGUGCUGGGCCAGCGCCUUCCUGGUCGUCUACAGCAUCGACGACAGGAGAAGUUUCGAGGGCUGCCAGCGCUACCUCGAGGUGCUCACCCUGCACGCGCGGGGCUGCCAGCGCCGCUGCCCCGUGCUCCUGCUGGGAAACAAGCUGGACAUGGACCAGUACAGGCAGGUGCCCUCAGCCGAAGGGAUGUCCCUGGCCAGCAGGUUCGGGUGUCUGUUCCACGAGGUGUCGGCGUGCCAGGACUUCGCGGGGGUGCAGCACGUCUUCCACGAGGCCGUGCGGGCCGUGCGGCGCCGGGCCGAGGGGAACCCACCCGCCCGGCCGCUCCUCAUCACCGAGGAGAGGCCCUGCCCACCCGUGGCCACAGCCCUGGCCCUGCCCACCCACCACGGCCUGGCCACCUGCACCCUCAACACCCUCUCCACCAUCAACUACAAGGAGAUGCCCUCGGUGGCCCAGGCCAAGCUGGUCACCGUCAAGUCCUCGCGGGCCCAGAGCAAGAGGAAGGCUCCCACGCUCACCUUGCUGAAAGGCUUCAAGAUAUUUUAGGACGCGUCCCUGCGGGCUGUGGAGAGGGAGGAGAGAGACACUCACCCAUCCCCCUGACUCUGCAAGGGCUGAGACCUUCUGUGAUGGACUCACGGGCACAGCAGCAGCUGCUGGCAGGUGGUGGCCCUGGUCUCUGUGCCGGUGCAGAGCCAGCAGUGGCCGCGUGGCGAGCAGGAGGGUGCUGAGAGCCCAACACGUGGCGUCGCUCUGCCUGCUCCUGCCCAGCGCUGCUGUGGUGUUUGCACCCUGUCCUGCCACUGGCACCGGGGCCAGCUCGGUUUUCCAUGAGGAUCCAGCAGCUCCUGGAGGAGCCGGAGCCACGGGCACCACUGGGAGGGCAAGGGUCGUCCCCAGGGCCCCCAGCCAGCUUGGGCACCUGGCACACAGCGACAGGAGUCCAGGAGGGAGGCAAUUAAUCAUUAAUCCAGCGUGGAGGAACCCAUCUCGUUCAUCCCACGGGGCCCCGACUGAGCAAUAAGUAGGAGGAAUUUUUAUUUUCUUUCAAAUCCAAAUAAAAAAGGUGCAGAUGCUGUUUCAGCUGACUAAAGGCCUCAGGUGGCCUGAAACCGAUUCCCACACAGCGAACUAAGUCACACCAAAAACUGCUGCUUUUUUAAUCAGCUUUUUACACUGUAGUGUCCCUUUCCAAAGGCUUUGCAAGGAGACGCUUCAAUGACGAGGACAUGGUCUGAAGAGCCUUUGUUGAAAAGAGUGAUAUAUUUCCAAAAAUGUCAUAAAUUAUUUCACGGCUUCUACAUGUGCCCAGUGAAGGGCAUGAAGGGAAUCCUGGAGCACACCAGGCUCUGCCUGUGCCCGAGCCAGGGCCAAGGGCUGGGUGUUUGGUUUCAGGUGCUCUAUCAGGUUAAAUGUUCUGCUUCUCCCUGGAGUUGCAGUUACUCUGCAGAGUAAAAUAUCCACGUGUAUAUUUGUACAUAUAUCCAUGUAUAUAUAUAUAUAUAUAUAUGACCUUACUGACAGAGAGAGAUUCAAUAUGGGAUUUCGAUCAACCUCUUUGGAAAGUAUUUUAAUAAAGAUGAUUUCUGAAA